AUGCUGAGUGUAUGGAUUAUUAAGAACAUCAUACUAUUGGAUACGGAAAUGGAGAAGUUCAAAGAUCAAAAUAAUUGGACAGAGUUGGCUGCCACUGAAAAUGAUAAUCGAUUUGAGUUCGUUCAUCUAUCUGAAACUGAUCCCGGAAAUGAUGGAAGGAGAUGUUCAGCUUGCACAAAAAAUAUCAAUAUGAAGUAUUCAGUAUCUUGGGAAUUCAUGGAUUUUUGUGACGUAAAAUGUCUGUCGAAAUACCAGAAAUGCUUAUCAUCGAAAUGCUCCAACUGCUCAGCAAACAUUGAAGAAGCUGCGUACGGAAAAUACUAUCAACGAUUAAGAAACUGCUUUAUAAUAUUUUGCUCAAAGCAUUGCAUUCUAAAGUAUAGAUCAUCUGUUCGAAUCUGCUCAUUCUGUGAAGUAGUCAAACCUGAAAACAAUGCAUUUGAUUGGUUAAUUAAGAAAUUGGAACUGUCAUCCAUAUCUGACGAUCUUCCUUUUUGCUCAUUGUCGUGCUACAUAACAUUUUUGGAAUUGACGAAAUGUCAGAAGUCCGAAACAACUCACAAAGGACCUUGUACAGUUUGUGGCAAAAAUGAACCACUGGAAAUCAUCCUAAACUUAAAAGGAAUGGAAACAAUUUUCUGUGGGAAGAAAUGUCUGAUUGCUUACACAGUUUCCCAUCUAAACUUGAGUACUGAAGAAUGCUCAGUGUGUAGAAAAUAUUACAGUUCGAAUGUACUUGACGAAAACAAGGUAUUCCACAAAAACUCGAAGAUGUAUUUCUGUUCUAGUACUUGCCGGCAUGUUUUUACUCUCCUGAAUAAUGAAGUGAAAACGUGUGACUGGUGUCAAAUUGAUUGUAAUUAUAUUAGCAUGGUGAAAAAAUGUUCCCAAGAAGUCUUACCCACCGUUCAAUUUUGUUCUGUAAGCUGUUUACAGAAGUAUGAGAGUACUACUGCUACCUUGCGGAAGUGUAGUGUUAAAUUGAAUAAAUUGUUAUUGAAUAAAGACGAUAUCUUUGCAAGUGAACCUUCCAGAGCUACAUGUGGUAAGAUGGGAGUUUUAAUUAAUAACGGUAUUAUAGAUAUGUCUACAGACACAUUAACGAAAAAACCACAAAACCACCCUUCUUCAGGAAUAUUUAUUCCAAUUCCAGUGCCAAUUUACAUUCCCGUGCCCAUGGUUAUGUAUUCCAUUCCGACACCUUAUCCAUUACCAUUUCCUAUACCAAUUCCUGUGCCUAUUUUUUUGCCGAUUCCGCGGAACACAAUGAAAGGAGUUACAAAAGAGAUUGAAAAAUACAACAACAAGAUGCUUAUUGAUCCAUGUCAAUCAGAAAUCCUGCUGAUGGCUGAUGCAUUAAUUGAAAACGAGAAAACAAAUAAUUCUGAUAGUGAAUCUGAACCGAUCGUUGAUGUAGAGGAAAUGAAAGAAACUGCCAUUGUGAAAAAUGACGUGGAAAAUAAUUUCGACUUCGAAUGGGCUUUAUCAGAUGCACUUACUGAUAUUAAAAUCAUAGCCGAGGAAAAUAGAGAGAAGUUACAAGGCAGAAAAAGAAAAAAAAGUACAGAAAUCAAUGAAGAGUGCAAGACAAUCAAAUAUGAAGAAAAUUCAAUUGGAGUUAAUGGUAUUGAUUAUUCAAAGGAUGAAAACUAUAUGCGUUUGGAUUACAGUUUGGGGAUAAAUGCCUGGAAACAAUGGGUUUCUAAACACAACACCAUGCAAUCUAUGACAUUCAAGUCUGAGAUACUUAAAAUGUCUCCGGAAGAAUUCAGUGUAGCUCUAUGCUAUUUUGUUCAAGAGUUGAGGAAACCAAAUGGCGACGAAUACGCUCCCGAUACCAUUUAUUAUCUCUGUCUAGGCAUCCAGUAUUACUUAGAUCAGAAUAGCAGAUAUGAUAAUAUUUUCAACGAUCUGAUAUACGAUAAGUUUACUGAUUAUUUGGAUGCGUUAGCCAUACAAUUCUGCGCCCUUUACGAUGACGAAUCUCACUUUAUUGUGACGAGAGUUGAGGAAGAGCAUCUGUGGGAAACAAAACAACUCGGUUGUUACUCUCCACACGUGCUGUUAAAUACUUUGAUAUACUUCAAUACGAAAUAUUAUUGCCGAUCUAACGUUGACGAACAUUUACAGCUGUCAUUUUACCAUAUAUUGAGAGGUGGUAAAACCUUAAAAUCGACCAUGCUGAGAUAUUAUCCCUUAGCAAAGAACUCCAGGAAGAGAAGGGUUUAUGAAAUGUUUGAAAACAAUGAAAACCCCUUGAGAUGCCCCGUGAGAUUGUAUGAAUAUUAUCUUUCUAAGUGUCCCGAGGGUGCUAAAAAUAAGUACGAUACAAUGUAUUUGAUGCCAGAAAAACAUUGUACAUCGGAAAGUCCUGUGUGGUAUUCAUCAGAAUCGUUGCCCAGAAGAUAUUUAGCCAAGAUUGUUAAUCGAGUUAAAAUGGUUAAAGAAAUCAAUGUUGCCUUACUUAGUUUUGAUAACUAA